AUUGGCUCUUUCUUUAUUUUUUACUUUUCCUCUUUUCGUGGGUUCUUCUCGACUUCACAAAUAUAAGUGAAUACCAAGGCACCGACAGUCACAAAUCACAAGCAUUCAUAUGUCGGGAUCUAUAUCUCUUUCAUUCGCAGCUUGCAUAUGAUCAAAAUAGGUGCAGAAAAGAAAUCUUGAAAUCAUUCUUCUUGACUAUUAUAUGGCCAUAGAAUUUUGGCGGUCAAUUUUCUUUCGUAGUAACUUGCUAGUUCGCAGAAAAUCAGGGAAAGAUCAAAUCUUGAAAUCGUUUAAGUAUGAUGUGUGGAUAGACAGUAUUGAAGUAUUCAGUUUUCUUUAAUUGUAGAUCACCUGUUCUCUGAAGAGCAGGAAAGGGGAAAAGAGGGAUCUUGGGAUAGGGUUUAUGAGUCGUUUACGGACACAAAAUCUUGACAUAAUCAACUCUGCCCUUUUAUGCAUCUAAAAGACUAUUUCCUUAAUGUCAACUCAUUUGUAUGUGAAGGGGUUAUUUAAUACAAGCAAUAUUUUAGUGGGUUGUGAGAAUUGCUUUCGUCCUUGCUUUUAAGCUGCCAUUCUCCGGAGGCCUUGGAAAGGACAUAUAUAUUCUGUUUUCGCUUCUGGAGGAAAUUUGCGAAUGAUUCAGAACAUGCCUUUCAAGGACUUCUUCACCGAAUAUGGUGAAGCAAACUUAUACGAGAUUCAAGAGGUUGUUGGUAAGGGAAGUUAUGGUGUGGUGGCUGCUGCAGUUGAUACUCACACCGGAGAAAAGGUAGCUAUAAAGAAGAUCAGUGGUAUUUUUGAGCAUGUAUCUGAAGCGACUCGCAUUCUUAGAGAAAUCAAGCUCCUCCGGUUGCUUCGGCACCCAGACAUUGUGGAAAUAAAGCAUAUUAUGCUGCCCCCAUGUAGGAGAGAAUUCAAGGAUAUAUAUGUUGUGUUCGAAUUGAUGGAGACAGACCUUCACCAUGUAAUCAGGACAAAUGAUGAUCUCACUCCUGGGCAUCAUCAGUUCUUUUUGUAUCAGUUGCUUCGAGCUUUAAAAUAUAUACAUUCUGCAAAUGUUUUCCACCGGGAUUUGAAACCCAAAAACAUCCUUGCUAAUGCAGACUGCAAGUUAAAGAUUUGUGAUUUUGGGCUAGCUCGUGCAUCAUUUGGUGAUGCCCCAUCUGCUGUUUUUUGGACUGAUUACGUGGCAACUCGGUGGUAUCGUGCUCCUGAACUUUGUGGUUCCUUUUUCUCCAAAUAUACCCCUGCUAUCGAUAUCUGGAGCAUUGGAUGUAUAUUUGCAGAAAUGCUCACUGGUAAACCAUUGUUUCCUGGGAAGAAUGUUGUCCACCAAUUAGAUCUUAUAACUGAUCUUCUUGGUUCACCUUCUGCUGAAGCCAUUUCAAGGAUUCGAAAUGAAAAGGCUCGGAGAUAUUUGAGUAGCAUGAAAAAGAAACCACCUGUACCUCUAUCCCAAAGGUUCCCAAAUAUUGACCCCUUGGCUCUUCGUUUACUUGAACGUUUAAUUGCAUUUGAUCCUAAAGAUCGUCCAUCUGCUGAAGAAGCAUUGGCAGAUCCAUAUUUUUAUGGACUGGCAAAUGUAGAAGAUGAGCCGUCAACUCAGCACAUUUCGAAGUUCGAGUUUGAGUUUGAAAGGAGAAAGUUAACAAAAGACGACGUGAGGGAGCUGAUUUACAGGGAGAUCUUGGAGUAUCAUCCCCAGAUGCUCCAGGAGUACCUCCGUGGCGUGGACCAGAUUCACUUUAUGUAUCCAAGUGGAGUUGACCAAUUUAAGCAACAAUUUUUCCGUCUGGAGGGACAGCCGGGUAAAGCAGACAAGCCUCCACUGAGAAGGCGCUAUGCCUCCUUGCCCAGGGAGCGGGUCUGUGGGCUCAUAGAUGAGGAUCAUGACCAAAAUAGUGAUUCUACAAAUCAAACAGUGGCUGCUAUUCCACGGCCAUGCCUUGUCAGCCCAAAAAAGUCAUUGGAUGUCAAAGCAUCAGAAAUUAGUAAUACAGGCACAAAAGCAAAGAGAAAUGAUUGCAGGAAAUCAAGCUGCAGCGCGCGUUGCUUGUUAAGAAGUGAUAGCAUUAGUGCUUCGAAAUGUAUUGGUGUUGAAGGAGCAGAGUACUUGUGAGGUGUAGAUGCUCUCAAACAGUGGAAGAAGUUGCUUCAUUCCCUUAUCUAUAUUUACCAAGAUUCCAGGUAGAAAGAUAUCUGUGAGACAAACAUGCUCGAGAUUCUUGAGCUAUGCCUGGCACAAUGUUUCAAGCUUUCUUUUCUUGUUUCUCUUCUCUUCAUCAUCUUCUUCUUGCUGUGAGCUAGACGGUGUGUAUUUUAUGUAAUUGUGUGACAAGUUUACUGUUGUAAUCACCUAACAUUUGUUUGGAAACAUGCAUUCAGUUGUAAGUUCUUAAUUUCUAGUUAUCAAGACUUGGCUGAGGCAGACCCAGGAAUAGCCAUUUCGCUGUCGCCAGCUAACUCGUUUCAAGAACAUGGGUUGACUCUCUUUCUAAGAGCAGGGAAAGAACGAGUACAGGAGCCAAAGGAUAAUUUGUGUAUAUUUAUGAAGUUCAUUUGAUUUCAUCUGAUUUUUCCAUCAUGUUUCAAUAUCCAGGAGUGGAUAGAGUCAAAUAAUUGUAAUA